CGUCCACGUCUGUUUAUUUUCUUUCCACGUGGACGUGCUGCGCGCGCCCACACCAGGAUUCCUCCCGGAAGUGACGGCUGAUGGAUGAUGAUGAUGAUGGCGGCUCGCAGCUUCAGUCCGGAUCUCCACUGUGGACUACAAACCCGUUUUAACCGGGCUGCUUAGACUUUGAUGAACUUUUUAUAACGCCGUGUCUCUCUCGGACGCCUUGCGGAGUGAAGUCUCGUUGAGCCGGAGCCUGACAGCGAGAAACCACAGAGCUUUUUAGGGUUCUUUGAGUCCAAAAGGUUCAAGGUGGUCACCCUGUCGAGCUAGCGGCUAGCUGGCUAAGCUAACGUUAGUGGCUGCACAGCUAGCUCCGGUAGCUAGCUGCGUGCUAAAGCUCCACACAGCUGCAGCUUUUCAAUGCGAAAGCACCCUAUUUAAUGCGAACAAGUGCACUAUAUCUAAUGCUGAUUGUGCCACAAGUGUGCAGAGAGAGGUACUCACACACUAGCUUGGCCUCUUGUUUCAUUUGAAUUGCUAGUUUGGCGGCUAAAGACAGGUUUUUGACCACUAAGCAAGUAAUCAGGGCAAAACGCGUGCUGUCUAAGUGAGAGUUGAAGUUGGGGUCUUUGCGUGCUCGUCAACAUGCUGAAGACCCGGCAGUGUUUACUUGGCAUCCGCACCUUUCUUGGUGUAACGUCGAGAAUAUGGGGCUUCAUCAUGUACAUCCUCAGGAAGCACCUACGGACGAUAAUCCAGUAUCAGACGGUGCGAUACGACACUUUGCCUCUGUCACCUAUCUCCAGAAACAGACUCAAUGCAGUAAAGAGGAAGAUUCUGGUUCUGGACCUGGACGAGACGUUGAUCCACUCUCACCACGACGGGGUCCUCAGACCCACAGUGAGACCGGGCACGCCGCCAGACUUCAUCCUCAAAGUCGUCAUUGACAAGCAUCCAGUCAGAUUCUUCGUACAUAAAAGGCCGCAUGUUGACUUCUUUUUAGAAGUGGUGAGCCAGUGGUAUGAGCUGGUGGUUUUUACAGCCAGUAUGGAGAUCUAUGGCUCAGCAGUGGCAGACAAGCUGGACAACAACAGGAACAUCCUUAAACGCAGAUACUACAGACAGCAUUGUACAUUGGAUCUAGGUAGUUAUAUUAAAGACCUGUCUGUAGUACACGAUGACCUGUCCAGUAUUGUCAUCCUGGACAACUCGCCUGGUGCUUAUCGUAGCCAUCCAGACAAUGCAAUACCCAUCAAGUCCUGGUUCAGCGACCCUAGUGACACAGCACUUCUUAACUUGCUGCCUAUGCUGGAUGCACUAAGGUUCACUGCUGACGUCCGCUCCGUCCUUAGUCGAAACCUCCACCAGCACCGACUCUGGUGAUUGGCUGAAUCAAGAGGGGGUGGGGCUUGUUGACCAGCCUCUUCCUCUUUGCCGGCUUCCAUCCUGCCCUCCGUUCCCACACAGACGACCCACCAGCCCUCUCUGAGCCUCUCAGACGUGUCCUGAGGAGACGAGGGUUGGGGUGACCGCCUACCGUGGGAUGAACAGUACGGGAUCACCAGAGCCCGCAAACUACUGAGGAGGGUGGGGGGGGCAGCUUGUUUUUUUUUUUUUUUUUCUUCUUCUUGAUUCUUUAUUUGUAUUUUUUUUUUUUUCCAAAACAAAACGGAGCCUAUCUGCCUUAUUGCUCCUGAUACUGACCGUGCGCGUAUGGAGGUGAGCUUGUGUACGUGAGUCGGAGUAUGCUUGCCGAGUUCGUUAGUCCUUUUUAAACCUUUUUGACAAUUGGGAGGGGAGGGAAGAGGAGAUGAUCAGCAAAGCAACAAAGACAAUUCUACGUUAUAAUUUCUUCUUCUUCUCCAUCAUCAUCAUCAGACGUUGCACUUAAAGCAAACAAUUUAUCAAUCUUAAUCUCUCAGAGAAACUGAGCAGGGGAAAGUAGAAAACCAACCCCUUUUUAGAUCACACCCUCAACGAUAAUUCAUUGAUUCCUGAGGUACGUUUAGAGAACGGAUCAACUUGAACGGUGUAAUCGAAGGACUCUGCUUGUAACAUACCACCUACAGGCGUUUUUCUGGACAAAUAGCCGAGCAGCCUGAGAUAUGUUUUGUUGUUUUUCAGCCAUAACCAUCACUCUUUUCCCAAAAGCUCCUCAUGGGACUCAGUGAUCAAGACUUGACUGAAAAGUUGUGAGAAAAAAAAAGAAUGGCUUGUAACGAUACGUGGACUGCCGUGCCGCCUUUCCAUAUGAUUGUUUCUCUAUUAUAAUAUGUGAUAAUAUGACUUCUGCAUACCAUGACAUUUCGCUCUCCCCCCCCCCUUCGCCAUCUGACGCCAUCCUGAUUUCAUCUAAUAGGAAUUGCACUUAAUUUUUUUUUUUUUUUCCCACCCCUUCUGUUUUUGUUGCAGUUGGUUUUGUAUUUGAUUCAAAAUUUUUGCAGCCUUCCUCUUUCAGUUUCCACCCGCUCCGCUUACUGUAUGGGUUCGACUAUUAGGCCCUCCGUCUUUAAAUGCCUUCUGAACAAUGUCAGUCUCGUCAAGGCUCACACCGGCUUCUUAUUGGCUCUGUCUCCAGGUCUGUGUUACUAAUAAAACACUUGUCAGUAUCGACCCGUUAUUA